AUGCACUCUGGUGGCCCAUGCAGCAAAGUCCUGCCCGUAGCGAAGCUCGGUACUCGGUGGGGAUCGGGGUCGCUGACUCGCUUCUCGCUCUGUUUCGACCCCGAACGAAGGGGAAGGCGUGGAUUCCAGAACUCCGACUCCGAGGGCGUCCGGCCGCCGCCGCGUUCGCUACGAAGAUGAUCGUGUGCGUCGCCGUCGUGGGCCACCAGAACAACCCGCUGUACCUGCAGAGCUUCACGGAAGCCGACGACGCGCUCAAGCUUCACCACAUCAUCCACUGCUCCCUGGACGUCAUCGACGAGCGAAUAAAUAAUCCUAAGAAAAGUGGACCUACUUUAAAUGAGGCAUUUCUUGGUCUUCUGUAUCCAACAGAGAAUUACAAAGUGUAUGGGUAUCUGACUAAUACAAAGGUCAAAUUCAUCAUGGUGACUACGGAUCUAGAUGUCAAAGAUGCAGAUGUAAGAACUUUUUUUCGGAGGUUUCAUGCUGCAUAUGUAGAUGCUGUCUCCAACCCCUUCCAUGUUCCAGGGAAGAAGAUCACAUCCAAAGCCUUCGCUCAAAGAGUCAGCAGCAUCGUCAAGUCCUUUGGGUCGGCUGCAACUACUUAAGAACAUUUUAUUUGUGAGCUUUAGGCUCAAAAUCAGUUGCAUCAGUGAAACGUGUGUUACGUUUUUUCCUUUUCGGCUGUCAAAAUCACUACCCCUUUUCUUAUUUGUGCCUUUCUGCCUUACCAACUUUCCUAGAUUCGACCAUAUAAGCUUGUGGCAAAGUUGUAAGAAAAAUAUAUUAGAAUGAGAUAUUUUGUCACAUCAUGUAAUUGUAGAAUGACUUAUUAUGUAUGAUUUAAUUCUUCCAUUGGAUUUAUGAAGCAGCAGCCUUUUUUACCAA